AUCCCCCCCAGCCGCAGGGACCCCCCGGAGCACAGCUACUUCCACCAGGCAGUCAAGACAGGAAUUGUUUCCACAUAUGAUUCCAUUUUUAAGAGGCCAAUGGGUUACAAUGAAAAACUCCACCGAUGUGACAGAGAACAUGCAAAUAGUCGAGGUCUUAACAUUAAUGAUGAGGAAUUGGCAAGACCCAUUGCUGUUUUGUCCUCUUCAGAGUAUGGGAGACACAUAAACCAGCCUGUAGAGCAAUCAAUCAGAGAUUAUGCAAGGAUCAACCGUGUGCAGGAAGAGUUCUACAGGAAAAAUGGAAUCACCUGCUUGUUGGAAAAACCUUCUCAAAUCCUUGAACCAUCCUGAAGCUCCUGACCCAUAGCCACAUGAAGCAGUUUGCACAGCAAUAAAAAAGGGUUUCCCUUUUCCUGUAACAUGCUGACCACCUAAAGGAGAGUAACUUCGAUAAAAAAAUGAAGCCCUAAUUGCUGUCAAUUUCAUGCUAAUGUAAACGGACCUUGACAUUUCAUUAAACUCUUGCAAAUGAUUUUC